AUGUACUGUGAUGGUGCAUCAAAAGGAAAUCCAGGUAUCUCAGGCUAUGGAUUUAUUAGUGGAACAAGCUCAGGAGAAUUCUUGGUAGCUGUUUCAGGUGGGUUGGGUGUUUCAACUAACUAUUAUGCAAAGAUACUAGCAGUUCUGAAUGCAGGAGAAUGGGCAUUAAGCAAAGGACAUGAAGAGGUAUUAUUAAGAACUGAUUCAUCAGCUGCAAUCAGUGCAUUUCAGAGUAACAAAAUUUCAUGGUUUGCCAUAAAAAGAUGGGAAAAAAUUUGUGCAAGACUUAAAACUUGGUGCUUCAUAUAUGGUUACGGGGAGACUAAUUUCUCUGCUGAUGAUCUAUCAAAUAAAGGAGCUAAUAUUUCAAGAGGUGAAAGAAGAAUUUAUGAGUCAAGGCCUCAUUUCUUAAAUCCAAUGGAGAUACCAAACCAACCUUACUACAAAUUUUGUUAA